CGGCGUUUGAGUCGCCGGGCAUGUACUCGGACGACGACGCCAACAGCGACGCCUCCAGCGCCUGCUCGGAGCGCUCGUACAGCUCGCGCAACGGCGGCAUGGCGCCGCACUACCUGCGUCAGACGGAGGACGUGGCGCUGAACCACUGCGCCAGCGCCAACUGGUCUGAGAGGAAGGAGGGACUGCUGGGACUGCAGAACCUGCUCAAGAGCCAGAGGAUGCUCAGUCGUGUGGAGCUGAAGAGGCUCUGUGAGAUCUUCACCAGGAUGUUUGCAGACCCUCACAGCAAGGUCUUCAGCAUGUUCCUGGAGACGCUGGUGGACUUCAUCGUGCUGCACAGGGACGACCUGCAGGACUGGCUCUUCGUCCUGCUCACCCAGCUGCUGAAGAAGAUGGGGGCUGACCUCCUGGGCUCCGUCCAGGCCAAAGUCCAGAAGGCUCUGGACGUCACCAGAGAGUCAUUCCCGUAUGAGCAGCAGUUCAACAUCCUGAUGCGUUUCAUCGUGGAUCAGACGCAGACGCACCUGAAGGUGAAGGUGGCCAUCCUGCGCUACAUCGAGGCUCUGGCUCGCCAGAUGGACCCUGCCGACUUUGUCAACUCCAGCGAGACCCGCCUUGCCGUCUCGCGCAUCAUCACCUGGACCACCGAGCCCAAGAGCUCCGACGUCCGCAAGACCCUUCAUAACUGGGCAGGGGAGGAUUUCUCAGGCCGACCCAGCACCGUGGCCUCUCUGCCUGGAGAGGGCAACCUGGAGGAGAGGUGCAAGCAGGCGGCCCAGGUGGUGUUGAUCGCCCUGUUUGAGCUGAACACACCUGAGUUCACCAUGCUGCUGGGAGCUCUGCCCAAAACCUUCCAGGACGGGACCACCAAGCUGCUGCACAACCACCUGAGGAACGCCAGCGCCAACAGCGGCAUCGUCAUGGCGUCUCCCAGUAACUCUGCGGGUCGGACGCCUCCUCGUCAGCCCAGCAGCCGCAGCAGCCCGCUGACCUCGCCCACCAACUGCUCCCACGGAGGGCUCUCUCCCAGUAUGCUGGAGUACGACAGUGAAAACCUGAACUCAGAGGAGAUCUACAGCUCUCUGCGCGGCGUCACCGAGGCCAUCCAGAACUUCAGCUUCCGCAGUCAAGAGGACCUGAUGGAGCCGCUGAGGCGGGACGGCAAGAGGGACGGCAUGUCUGGAGUCGGGGCGUCGUCAGACUCUGACCCUCGGCUCGGCGGUGACGUGGUGGAGGGCGGACGCACGGCUCUGGACAACAAGACAUCACUGCUGAACACUCCUUCGCCGCGAUCCUUCUCCGGCCCACGCUUCCGCGACUACAACCCGUACAACUACACCGACAGCAUCAGCACGCUGGACAAAGCUGCUCUGAAGGAGGCGCUGUAUGAGGACGCUGUGGAGCAGCUGAGAGAGGGCCGCCGACAAGAAAGUGUUGAGAACAAGAUCCUGAACCCCAAAAGCUUUCCCGCGGGUCCGGCAGAGCAGCUGGAGCUGGUCGGGGAGCUGCUGAAGGAGCUCUCUCAGGGCCAGGCGGGGGAGCGGGGCCCUGAGGAGCGACGGGGGACCCUCCUGGAGCUGCUGAAGGUGGCCAGAGAGGACAGCCUGGUGGUCUGGGAGGAGCACUUCAAGACCAUGCUGCUGCUGCUGCUCGAGACGCUGGGAGACAAAGAUCACACGAUCCGGGCUCUGGCCCUGCGAGUCCUAAAGGAGAUCCUGAGGAACCAGCCGGCCCGCUUCAAGAACUACGCCGAGCUCACCAUCAUGAAGACGCUGGAGGCCCACAAAGACUCGCACAAGGAGGUGGUGCGGGCGGCGGAGGAGGCGGCCUCCACGCUGGCGGGCUCCAUCCACCCGGAGCAGUGCAUCAAGGUCCUCUGUCCCAUCGUGCAGACGGCAGACUACCCCAUCAAUCUGGCUGCAAUUAAGAUGCAAACCAGGGCCAUUGAACGCAUCACCAAGGAGCCGCUGCACCAGCUGCUGCCUGACAUCAUACCUGGACUGCUGCAGGGCUACGACAACACAGAGAGCAGUGUGAGGAAGGCCAGUGUCUUCUGCCUGGUGGCCAUCUACUCUGUGAUUGGAGAGGAGCUGAAGCCUUACCUGGCUCAGCUGACCGGCAGCAAGAUGAAGCUGCUCAACCUGUACAUCAAGAGGGCCCAGACCUCCACCAGCAACAGCAGCAGCUCCUCCGACAUCUCCUCCUACUAACUCCCACAGCACACGCUUAGCUCUCAGCCUCGCCUCAGCACAGAAACCAUUUCAUUCCACCGGCUGAUCUGAAGUCGCUGCAGAUGGGAUCAUGAUGAUUUAGAUGCUCUCUCUAGGACCAGGCCGACAUUUCAUUCCCUCAGCUGCUGAUGGAGCUGAAGUCGUCUCGAGGAGCUCGUCCUGUCCCAGCUCCAGUUUCCAGAACAUCUCCCCAUCCUCUUGAAAUCAUUUUUUGGGAGGGUAAGGUGAUCCUGGCAGCUAAGACGUUUUCAUAAAGACCCAGGCCCUGUACCUGAACCUCCACACUACCGUUAGAGUCAUGAGCCUUAAGACCUCAUCUUCCAUUGACGUACUAUGGAACCAGUGUGAUUGAAGACCUGUUUUUAGAGGCUGUGUGCCUGAAACCAACAUCCCCUCUUCCUCUUUGCUCCUCAUGUCACCAUCACAUUGACUUAACAAAUCCUAUUUUAAUCCAUCGAGUGGAUUUAAGGUGAUCUGUGGAGCUGAAACAUGUUUGUGAAAGUCAUCCGAGCAUCGAGACCUGAAGGACACAAGGUGAGUUUGAAGUCAUGGAAGAAUUGGAGAAUCUUUGCAGUGUAACUUCCUUCCUCUCAGUGCAGGAGGAAAUCUGUGGCUAUCAGUAUUUUUAUUCAUUUUAGUACCUUUUAAUCCACUUCUUUGAACAAUUUAUUUGCUUUGACACAUCAAACCUUAUCUUAUAUUGAAUGUAAAGAGCUUUGAAUGACCGUGGAUCUCACCUGUGUUUCUCCUUCCUAAAACUACUGCCUCAUUGUACCUGGUGGAUCAAUCUUAAAGGAAUUGGAAUAUUUUCCUGUUUUUUAGCGUGCAUUUGGUGAAUUUUGAGCCGUGUUGAGCUUUUAAAGAAAGUGGCACAAUAGUCUUUUAAAGGCUGAAUUCAAGGGUCCAUCUGAAGAUUCAUGUCUAAAAUUAUGGGCUUUGAUUUUGAAAUUUGGCUGACACCUCACAAGACAAGAGGAGGAUUGUAUCAGCUGGUCAAAAUGUGAAAUCCAAGUUCAUGUUUAUAUUAAAUGAUCAUUUGGCUGGCCAAUGAUUUUAAGCACUGCAGAUAUUUAAAAAAAGUUUUAUUAUUUUGGGCCCAGAAACCAGCAGAAAAUAUCAGCGUUAUUGUUUCAGAAAAAAAACAUAGUAUGCAAAAUAGGUUUUUACAUAUGAAGGAAAGAAGGACUUUAUUUGAUCUGUGUGAAACUUAUCAGCUGAAUUUCCGUUUAAGUCAGUGAUGAAUAAUUGACUUUCUAAAAUCUGUAUUUCCAUUUCUUUAUUAAUUUUUUUUUUUUUUUUAACCUGGAUUGAAAAAUGUAAAAUGGAAAUUGGAUGUUUUUGCUCAGGGUUUAGAUAAACCCUUUAAAUAAUGCUUGUGUUCUCAUAUACAUUUCCUUUACUAAGGGCUGAAUGAUUAUAUUAUAUAUUCAAGUUAUGAUUUGAAAUCCAGGAGCUACAAUACUAAUUGCACAUACUUUAAUUAACAGUAUUUUAUGUAGGAGUUGCAAACUUGCCAAGUGUCACGGUAAUAAUAAAGCACUUCAUUAAUGAAUAACUAAUUGUACAUUAAAAAUAAUAAUUAAUGCAUUUCUUUACAAACUAAUUUAUUAAUGUAUAAUGCCCAAAGUGUCAUAGAAAAAGUUAAUAAUAUUUUUAGAUUAAUACAUUUAUCUGUAAACACUUUUAAUCGUACAUUUAGUUAAUUGUUCAACUAAUGAAACCCUCAAGCGCUAUUUCCGUGUCACGUGAUCUUUUUUUCUUUCAUACGUCUGACGCGGCAGAUGAAAGGGGAAAAAAAAGCCGACAAAGAAGGAGCUUCUGUGUUUGACACUCGCACCGCACUUGCCAGGAGUCGUCGCUGCGGAGUUAACCCAUAUUUUACCGAAAGGUAAGAAGCGAUAUAAUAAAAUUAAUUGGCGUAAAUGACGAUAUGUCAAGCUUUGGACUGUUAAUUAGCCUGACAAUGUUGAGUUCUUUAGAUUUAGCGAACGCUUGCUAUCAAAACUAGAAUGUAACGUUAGGUGCUAACGUUCCUGUCAUGGCAUUUAAUUUUGGCUAGUUCGUUAUUUCAAUUUUAAAUUUGCUCGAACGUUAGUGACGUCAGGGUUCGAACGUUAACUCCUGAUAGUUCAAUUUCUAAUAGUGUCUAAUGCUAAUAGUAUCACAACUGGCUUCUGUGUUUGGCACUCGCACCGCACUUGCCAGGAGUUGUCGCUGCGGAGUUAACCCAUAUUUUACCGAAAGGUAAGACGCGAUGUCAUAAAAUUAAUUGGCGUAAAUGAUGAUAUGUCAAGCUUUGGACUGUUAAUUAGCCUGACAAUGUUGAGUUCUUUAGAUUUAGCGAAUGCUUGCUAUCAAAACUAGAAUGUAACGUUAGGUGCUAACGUUCCUGUCAUGGCAUUUAAUUUUGGCUAGUUCGUUAUUUCAAUUUUAAAUUUGCUCGAACGUUAGUGACGUCAGGGUUCGGACGUUAACUUCUGAUAGUUCAAUUUCUAAUAGUGUCUAAUGCUAAUAGUAUCACAACUGGCUUCUGUGUUUGGCACUCGCACCGCACUUGCCAGGAGUUGUCGCUGCGGAGUUAACCCAUAUUUUACCGAAAGGUAAGAAGCGAUGUCAUAAAAUUAAUUGGCGUAAAUGACGAUAUGUCAAGCUUUGGACUGUUAAUUAGCCUGACAAUGUUGAGUUCUUUAGAUUUAGCGAAUGCUUGCUAUCAAAACUAGAAUGUAACGUUAGGUGCUAACGUUCCUGUCAAGGCAUUUAAUUUUAGUUAGUUCGUUAUUUCAAUUUUAAAUUUGCUCGAACGUUAGUGACGUCAGGGUUCAGGGCUCCUGAUAGUUCAAUUUCUUUAUGCUAAUAAAAUAUUAUUAGCAAUGCUAAUAGUGUCACAACGACGACAUAAUUAAACAGUUUUCUUUUGGGUUUGUGUUGGAAAAAGACACUGACACUAAUUCAUGAGACAGUGGUGGAGACAUUUAACUGUAACGGGCUUGUGUCAAGACGUAGACACCGUAGCCUGAUGUUUAGCAGCGUAGCGUAGCGAUAAUAUUGUCUUACAGUGGGACCAAAGACGUUUGCAUAACUUCCCCUUGAAAUAAUAAGACCGCUGUUAAAAUGUUUCACACAUGCUCUCUUUAAAAAUGCCCAGAUACCCACUGUUCUUUGCUUUGUUUUCACAGUUUAUCUUAAAUCAUUUCUGUAAAUAAUGUUUCUUUUUCCAUUUUUCAAUCCACUGCGCCAAAGGCAGAAAAUUGAGGGAAAAAAGAGCCCAAACUUUUAAUAUCACAAUGAUUUAACUGACAAAAAUGAACAUUUUACAAGGUGAUUUCAGUUACCCACCUUUCUAUUAUUGAUAUAAAUGGAAAAUCAAAUUGAUGAGCUUCACAUGGACCUAAUUUGUCAUCUAUACAUACAUAUAUAUAUAUUUGAAAACAUGCAGUAGGUUUUUAAUGGCUGUCAAGAACUGAAAGGUCACAGAAGAAACAAUGGAUAAACAUUUUGGGAAAAUGAAAGAAAACCACUGAAAUGACAGCACCUGCCUUUUUAUCUGAAGGAUGUGAAUUUAAAGUCUCAGUUCUGAUUAAACUGGGAGUUUAUUGGUUUUUUUAUGUCUGCUGUCAAGUCAAGACUACUGUGAUUUGUUGAGUUUCAUUCCAAAAUACUUUAAUAUACAGGAUAUAUGUUAAAAGUAAUAAAAAUUAAUCUAAAGGUCAACAUGAAGGUCUAAAUGUCUCAAAAAUAGUCUCAGUAUUUAAAUUUCUGAUGGUUCUGUCAGCAGUAAUCUGAUAAUUAGUGGUUAAAGCUUCAGUUGUGCUGAUGCUGACAAACUGUCACUGUGUUUUUAUUUUGAAGAGAUGGUUUAACAGUUGAAUUGUUUUGGGAAGAAACUCCUCUGUAUCAGUUGUUCCUAAAUUGAAUGUAAGACUUCAACCUUUAAAAUGUGAAAUAUCUUAGCAAAUGAUAAAUAGGCAAUACCUAAAUCAGACAGAAAGAUUGACAAUCUUAAUGAUUAUAUGCUACUAAAAGGCAAGCGACAGUGGUAAUUGAUGAAUCGUGAAGUGCCAGUGUGAAGAGGGUUCCUGCUGAAAAUGAAAAGAGAACAAAAGAUUGUUUGAUGUUUGGACAUUAGCAAUAAACUCUGAGAAAUCCAGUUCGGAUUAUCACGUCGAAGCACUGUAAA